AUUGUCAUCAGUUUCCCACACGGCACGGUCCUGUGAACAUUGGUCUAACGGGUGAAUAUUCAGCUCCCCAUUGUGAGGGUUGACAGAAGAGCUUCCAGGGGUUAGUGAGACAGACAGACAAACAAGGUUUGCCAGGUAUUCAUAGAGGGGCCUUCUGGCAAGGACAGUCCACUCCGCUCGAACGAACCCCCUCCCCCGCUCCAACCUGCGGGGUCAUAGUGCAAGGGUCAAAGUCAGUCCACACGAAAGAGGAUGACCUCUUCUCUCAACGACCAGAUGACAGUGUCGACGACAAUGCUGCCGCACUACGAGUCGCCGCUGCCCUCGCUCUACGAGCCGCAGCCGCAGCCGCCCAAACCCAGACUGAUGUUCAAGAUGCCCCGGGUGGUUCCGGACCAAAAGGGCAAGUUCGAGUCAGACGAGCUUUUCAGGAGGCUGGCCAGGGAAACGGAGGUGCGCUAUACAGGAUACAGAGACAGACCCCUAGAGGAAAGACGACAGAGAUUCCAGGCCGGCAUCAGAGAAGGUCACGCAGAAAUGGCGUUCAUGACAAACGGCACCAAUAUGCAUCUCCAACUCUCGCCAACAGGAUUCUCCAACAACUAUAAAGAAGUAGACUUCGACAAAGAGCCAGGCAAGGUGCACCUCAGGUCCCCCUUCAUCAUGAACGGCGUCUGCGUCAGGUGGAGAGGAUACGUAGACCUCGAGAGGCUGGAUGGUGUUGGAUGCUUGGAGUUCGACGAAGAAAACGCCGCCGAGGAAGACCGAAUCCUGCGGGAAGAAAUCGAGAAAUACAAAGCCCGCCUUCGCGAAUUCGAAGAAAAGCAGAGGGCCUUCCGAGUACCCACGACGAGCCACGCCCACGCUCACGCCCACGCCCAUGCACACUCAGAGCAAGCUAACAUACAAGUCCGCUAGCAGAUUUUGAGCCUCCUUCAUCGAAAGCUGUAGACAACGGUAAGCAACAGCGCAAGAAGAAAAGGAAGAAAAACCAGAAGAAGAAGAAGAAACAGACAUGUAGGAUAUCUGACACGAGUUCAGGAGACGCAUUAUCAUCUUUUUUUUUUUUUGCGUGUAUCCGUAUGCAGUUGUUCCAAAGCAAAAGAAGACUGUUAUCUUCCCAUAAGUAAGAACUAAUAAUAUAAAUUAGAA